AUGAUUCCGAUCCUUUCGGAAAGCGCAAAUGUUAGAGUAUUUCAGGGUCUCAGUUGCUUGGGUGAGCGGCGGACUCAUUGGAUUCUGGUUUCAUUCCAGUGCAUCCCCUCAGCAAUUGUGAGCUUCACCGUCUCCAGGAGGAACACCUGCAGCCUGCACCCAAUUCCCAACUUUCAGAUAUUGUUCGUUUCCACAUUUGCUGUGACCACUACGUGUUUAAUUUGGUUUGGAUGCAAACUAAUCCUGAACCCAUCAGCAAUAAAUAUCAACUUCAACCUUAUCCUGCUGCUCCUGCUGGAGCUGCUCAUGGCAGCCAGGGUGAUCACAUCUGCACGGUCCAGCGAGGCAUACUGCAAGAAAAGAAGGUGGGGCUCCAUGUCUGACAGCACCAACAUUCUGGGCGAAGUGCCAUUUCCUGCUCGGGUCCUGAAAUCUUAUUCAGUCAUCGAGGUAAUCGCAGGCAUCUCUGCCGUCCUCAGGGGGAUCAUUGCCCUGAACGUGGAUGACUCAGUCUCAGGCCCACACCUCUCAGUGACGUUCUUUUGGAUCCUAGUGGCCUGCUUUCCAAGUGCCAUUGCCAGUCAUGUGACAGCAGAGUGUCCCAGCAAGUGUCUGGUGGAGGUGCUGAUAGCCAUAAGCAGCCUCACGUCUCUGCUGCUGUUCACAGCCUCUGGAUAUCUGUCAUUCAGCGUCAUGAGAAUCGUGGAGAUGUUUAAAGAUUACCCGCCAGCCAUAGAACCAUCCUACAACGUGCUCCUGCUGCUGCUGCUGGUGCUCCUGCUGCAGGCCGGCCUCAACACGGGCACUGCCAUCCAGUGUGUGCGCUUCAAGGUCAGUGCAAGGCUGCAGGGCGCGUCCUGGGACACCCAGAGCGGCCCGCAGGAGCGCCUGGCUGGGGAGGUGGCUAGGAGGCCCCUGAAGGAGUUUGACAAGGAGAAAGCCUGGAGAGCCAUUGUGGUGCAGAUGGCCCAGUGA